AUGCCUUAUCCUACAAGUAUUUUAGCAAUUGAUACGACAUUGCUCACGCGGAAUGAAGCUCGCAAACUUCGAAGGCUUGAAUUGAAAAAGUAUCAAGCUUACGAAAUUAUUGCAAAAUUUGAAGGAACGUCGAUUGAUCAAUUGUUUUCAACAGAACCUACGCGAUAUUUAUGCUUGACUAAUCUUUGUUUCGGUGGAGUCGGAGGUGUUACAACAGAACAAGUAUCAGAAAUAUUUAACACCUUUGAUGGUUUGGCAGGAAUACGAUUGACCCAUGGAAAGACUCUUCACAAUAAACCAUGCGAACUUCUAAAUGGUAAAGUUCUCUUUAUAGAAUUUGUGAAUUUGACGUGUCAAAGUUUCAUGAAACAAAUCAAAGACUCGAAUGAAGUAACUAUCCCCGGACUGAUUUUAUUGGAGGAGUUCGUAUCAGUUGAAUUAGAAAAAAAUAUAUUACAAGAUAUAUAUUCAAACACCGCAUGGAUCCCUGUUCAAGAUCUGCAACAUUAUCCAAUUGGUACUGGAAUUCCACCUCAUGUAGAUAGUCAUUCUUCGUUUGGGCCAAUUGUUUUAGCAUUUAGUCUUGAAAGUCCAGUGAUUAUGGAAUUUAAGAACCUUCAAACUGGAGUCAUUGUAAAUAUAGAUUUACCAGAGAGAUCUUUAAUGAUUCUUAAAGACGAGGCACGAUAUGCUUGGAGUCAUGCUAUAAGGUUAGAAAAUUUUG